AUGGCUUCCCCGUCCUCCAGCGUUCGACACCGGGGCGGCAAGAAGGAUGUCGACAGCUCUACUCCCCCUCCUCCACCAGCCGCGCCGGCCUCGAAAGGCGCUGGGAGUCAGUCGGCCAUAAAGAAGGGAGAGGGACAGGCUGAGUCCUCGUCGGAAUGGGACUAUAGACUUGCCCUGGCGAUUGUUACCAUUGGCGCGUUUGCUACGAGAUUUUGGAAGAUCAGCUACCCUGACCAGGUAGUGUUCGAUGAAGUGCACUUCGGAAAGUUUGCUUCGCUUUAUAUCCAAGGCACAUACUUCUUCGACGUUCACCCGCCGUUCGCCAAACUCCUCUUUGCGCUGGUCGGCUGGCUCGUUGGAUUCGAUGGAAAGUUCCUCUUUGAAAACAUUGGAGACUCGUACAUAGACAACAAGGUGCCUUAUGUCGCUCUCCGCGCUCUGCCGGCCAUGCUUGGCUCCCUGACCGUGCCCGUGGUGUUUCUCAUUAUGUGGGAAUCUGGCUACUCGCUUCCUGCAUGUGUCCUCUCCGCGGGCCUGCUUCUGUUCGACAAUGCCCAUAUCGGCGAAGAUCGGCUGAUCCUUCUCGAUGCUACGCUUGUCAUAUCAAUGGCAUUGAGCGUGCUGUGCUAUAUCAAGUUCCACAAGAACAGACAUCAGCCGUUUAGCCGAAAGUGGUGGAAGUGGUUGCUUAUGACUGGCAUUGCCCUUAGCUGUGUCAUCUCGACCAAGUACGUUGGUGUCUUCACUUUCGUGACCAUUGGAUCCGCCGUCUUGAUCGAUCUAUGGGGCUUGCUUGAUGUGAACCGCCGCCAGGGCAAGCUUACUCUGUUCGAAUUUGGCACCCAUUUCGCUGCCCGAGCAGUCGGCUUGAUCAUCGUUCCCUUCUUCAUCUACCUCUUCUGGUUCCAGGUCCAUUUUGCUAUCCUCACCAAGUCUGGUCCCGGAGAUGAUUUCAUGAGCCCAGAGUUCCAGGCCACGCUCAGUGACAACCCCAUGUUUGCUCAGUCCAAGGGCAUCGAGUACUAUGAUGUACUCACCUUCCGACACAAGGAUACCAAAGUCUACCUACACAGUCACCCUGACCGCUACCCGCUUCGAUAUGACGACGGCCGUGUCUCGAGUCAGGGCCAGCAGGUCACCGGCUACCCUCACAACGAUACCAACAACCACUGGGAAAUCCUGCCCCAGACGCCGUUUGCCGCUGAAAACCGUACUGGCCACAAAGUUCGUAAUGGACAUGUCGUGCAGCUCCGCCAUGUUGCUACCAACACCUUCCUGCUCUCACACGACGUUGCAUCUCCCAGCUACCCGACCAACCAGGAGUUUACCACCAUUUCCCCUGAAGAAGCAGCCAGCACCCGACACAACGACACCCUGUUUGAGAUCCAGGUCCCCAAGGGCAAAGCCGAUGAGGAAUUCCGAACCCGAUCCAGCCUGUUCAACCUGAUCCAUUUCCCUUCAAAGGUCGCCAUGUGGACUCACACCAAGCCUCUGCCGGACUGGGGAUACAAGCAAGCCGAAAUCAACGGAAACAAGAACUCCAAGGAACCAAGCAACCUCUGGUACGCGGAGGAUAUCCCGUCCUUAGCUCCAGACAGCCCUCGCAGCAACCAGGAACCACGCAAGGUGCAACCGAUGCGUUUCCUCAAGAAGUACCUUGAACUCCAAAUUGCCAUGUUCCACCAUAACAAUGCCCUGACAAGCAGCCACCCGUAUGCAAGUGAGCCGUUCCAGUGGCCCUUCUUGCUCCGCGGUGUCAGCUUCUGGACAAAGAACGACACCCGAGAGCAAAUUUACUUCCUCGGAAACCCUAUCGGAUGGUGGCUUUCGAGCAGUCUUCUCGCAGUGUUUGUCGGUAUUAUCGGAGCCGAUCAGCUAUCUCUCCGUCGUGGAAUCGACGCUCUAGAAGAAAUCUGGGGCCCCGGAACUCGCCACCGCGUCUACAACAGCACCGGCUUCUUCUUCCUCUGCUGGGCAGCUCACUACUUCCCAUUCUACCUUAUGGGCAGACAGCGCUUCCUGCACCACUACCUCCCUUCCCACGUAGCAUCUGUCCUGGUAACUGGCGCCCUGGUCGAAUUCAUCUUCAACAUCGACCCGGCUGGCCUGAGCGAGGGCGCCGCAGUUAGGAAGCCUGGCCGUGGUCCUCUGAAGGUCAAGCACACCCGCCAGAGCCUCAUGGCCAUCUGGGCUGCGACUAUCGCCAUCUUGGGCGCCACGAUCUGGGGCUUCAGCUUCUUUGCUCCCCUCACCUACGGAACCCCAGGCUUGGACGUUGCUGGAAUCAACGCCAGAAAGUGGCUUUCGUACGACUUGCACUUUGCAAAGUAG